CUCAUUUGCUUAUAAACAAGCGUUUUUCUGUCGACUUGCGUGUCUUUAAUUUAACGGUCAAAAGGAACAAUGUAGUAAAAGUAUUCACUUGGGGAAAAAACAAGCAAAGAAGUCUAAUGUUAGCUGAAACUGCUAACAAUCAUAACACAAUGAUUUGGCUUUGUGGAUAAAUGGGAUAAUGAAUUGUUUUAUUAUGGAACGUAGCUAACCGUUUAGACAGACGACCAUCCGCUUUUAAUGCCAUAAGUUUUUAAGUAUAUUCUGCCAAAUUUCGUUUGAGACAGGAAUCACGAUCCUCAUUUAAAUCAUGUCGGGGGAAGUUCGUUUGAAAAAGCUUGAGACAUUGUUCCUGGAUGGCCCUGUCCAGUCCAAUGGACAGUGUUUCAGCGUCGAAACGCUUUUGGAUGUCCUCAUCUGUCUUUUUGAUGAGUGCAAUAACUCACCUCUUCGCAGGGAGAAAUAUGUAAUAGAGUUUCUGGACUGGGCUAAACCUUUUACAUCUAAAGUAAAGCAGAUGCGACUGCAUAAGGAGGACUUUGAAAUUUUAAAAGUAAUUGGCCGAGGAGCAUUCGGAGAGGUAGCAGUCGUGAAAGUGAAGAAUGCAGACAAAGUGUUUGCCAUGAAGAUUCUUAAUAAAUGGGAGAUGCUAAAAAGAGCUGAGACUGCAUGCUUCCGGGAGGAGCGAGAUGUUCUGGUGAAUGGGGACAGCCAGUGGAUCACAACACUACACUAUGCCUUUCAGGAUGACAACUUUUUGUAUCUGGUAAUGGAUUACUAUGUGGGCGGUGAUCUCCUGACAUUGCUGAGUAAGUUCGAAGAUCGCUUGCCUGAAGACAUGGCCCGAUUCUACUUGGCUGAGAUGGUGCUGGCCAUUGACUCUGUGCAUCAGCUUCACUAUGUCCACAGAGACAUCAAACCAGACAACAUUUUAUUGGAUAUGAAUGGACACAUUAGACUGGCUGAUUUUGGCUCUUGUCUUAAACUCAUGGCAGAUGGAACGGUGCAAUCCUCUGUGGCAGUGGGCACUCCUGAUUACAUAUCUCCAGAGAUAUUGCAGGCUAUGGAGGAUGGCAAGGGCAAAUAUGGCCCUGAGUGUGACUGGUGGUCACUGGGUGUUUGUAUGUAUGAAAUGCUGUACGGAGAAACCCCCUUUUAUGCAGAAUCUCUGGUGGAGACCUAUGGCAAGAUAAUGAACCACAAAGAGAGGUUCCAGUUCCCUGCUCAUAUCACAGAGGUGUCUGAAAAUGCAAAAGACCUAAUCCGUAGGCUCAUCUGCGGCAGGGAGCACAGACUAGGCCAAAAUGGCAUUCAGGACUUCAAGCAACACCCUUUCUUUAGUGGAAUUGACUGGGACAACAUCCGAAACUGUGAUGCUCCAUACAUCCCUGAAGUCAGCAGUCCUUCAGACACCUCCAACUUUGAUGUUGAGGACGACUGCCUUAAAAACGCUGAGACAAUGCCUCCCCCUUCAUUAACAGCCUUCUCUGGACAUCAUCUCCCAUUUGUAGGCUUUACCUACACCAGCCAGUGCUCUCUGUCAGACCGUGGUUGUCUGCGUGAGUCUGCAGUGCCCAUGCAGAUGGAUGUUUGUGUGCAGCGAAGCUUAGAAGAGAGCCUGGCCACUGAGGCAUAUGAGAGGAGAAUCCGUCGUCUUGAGCAAGAGAAAUUGGAGCUCAGCCGCAAACUGCAGGAGUCCACCAAGACUGUGCAAGCUCUGCAUUACACCAGUGGAGAUUCGCCCAUCUCCACAAACAAGGACACUGAGAUCCGAGGCCUAAAAGAGGAGAUUGAGAGUCUGAAAAAGCAGUUAGCAGGUUCUGGCCAGUUGGAGCAAAAACUGGAGCAGACCAGUGUAGCCCGUCGAGAUCUAGAGGAGUCCACCAAACAAAUGUCCUCUCUUGAAAAACAGAUUAAGACCUUAAAGCAGGACAAAGAAGACAUGCAGAAGGAGCUGUCGGAUUCUGCAGAAAAGCUCAAAGCACAGGGGAAGGAGCUGAAGGAAGCAGAGAGCCAGAGGAAGCUAGCUAUGCAAGAGUUUUCAGAGAUGAGUGAGAAAUUGACUGAACUCCGCUCUUACAAACAGCGUCUCACCCGCCAGCUCCGGGAUAAGGAGGAGGAGAUGGAUGCACUCAACCAGAAGCUUGAGGCCCUGCGGCUGGAUUUGCGUAAAACUGAAAGGACAAGGAAAGAGAUGGAAGCCCUGGCUGAAGAACGAGCUGCCGAAGCUCAGAAAGAAAAGAAACUGAGAAAUCACAGUGAACAGUACAGCAGACAGCUGAAGGAGGAACUGGAUGGAAUAAAGCAGAAGCAGGUCGGUCGCUCACCAGCUGCUGGGGUCCCAGAUCAGCAGCAGGAGCUCAGUAAAUUGCGUGCUGAUCUAGAGAGGAAGGCAGUGUUCUAUGAGGAGGAGCUAUCUCGUCGGGAUCUCCAACACAACAAUGAGCUGAAAGCCUUGAAAAAGGAUCUUCGUGACGCUGAGGCUCAGCAGCUGUCCUUACAAAAAGAAAUUAUGAUGCUUAAAGACAAGUUAGAGAAGACUCGCAGAGAAAGUCAAAGUGAACGGGAGGAAUUUGAGACGGACUACAAACAUAAGUACGAAAGGGAACGAGUGUUGCUUACUGAGGAGAACAAGAAACUUUCUAAUGAACUUGAAAAUUUGAUGAGCUCGUUCCAGAAGCUGAGCUGCAAUCACAAGCAGCUAGAGGAUGAAAUGAAGGAGCUCGCUGAUAAGAAAGAAAGUGUGGCUCACUGGGAAGCACAAAUCACAGAGAUCAUACAGUGGGUCAGUGAUGAGAAGGAUGCACGAGGAUACCUCCAGGCUUUGGCGUCAAAGAUGGGUGAAGAGCUGGAGGGCCUGAGGAACACCAGUGCUCGCUCUAUGGACAUGCCGUGGAAAAUGCGCCGUUUGGCUAAAUUGGAUAUGUCUGCUCGUCUGGAGCUGCAGUCUGCAUUGGAUUCUGAAAUCAAAGCCAAGCAAACCAUUCAGGACGAGCUGAACAAAGUCAAGGCUGCCAACAUGGCCACAGAAUGCAAACUCCAAGAGUCUGAGAAAAAGAACCAAGAUCUACAGGCUGAUGUCGAGAGACUGAAAAGAGAAACAGAUGAACUGCGGUUGUCUAAGGGUAUAAAGCAUCAGGAAUCACAUAACUCCUUUCUUGCAUUCCUCAAUGCCCCAGCCUCUGCUGUGGAUCACUUUGAGGUUGACUCUAUUGAUACCUUUAGCCUGUCCAACACACCAUCCCGAGAUGGUGACCGAAAGUCCCAGGUUAUGUCCCACUCUCGAAAUUCUUCUGCCACCAGCGACAUGGAGCCCCAAGAGUGUGUAGAUCCCCAGAGAGACACACAAACUCCUACCAUGCGAUCAGGAGGAUAUAGUCCCACUGGGCUAACCACCCUUAAGCCAAAAGCUCACCAGUUUGUGGUGAAGUCCUUCAAUACUCCCACUAAGUGCAACCAGUGCACUUCUCUGAUGGUGGGACUCAUUCGACAAGGCUGCACAUGUGAAGUCUGUAAUUUCUCGUGUCAUGUAACGUGUGCGGACAAAGCCCCUGCAGUGUGUCCUAUUCCUUCAGACCAAACUAAAGGACCUUUGGGUAUUGACCCACAAAAGGGCAUUGGAACAGCUUAUGAGGGUCAUGUUAGGGUGCCAAAGCCAUCAGGUGUGAAGAAAGGUUGGCAGAGGGCCCUUGCUGUUGUAUGUGACUGCAAACUUUUUCUCUAUGAGCUUCCAGAAGGCAAGGCAGCUCAGCCAAGUGUAGUGGUUAACCAAGUCAUUGACAUGAGGGAUGAGGAAUUUUCAGUCAGCUCAGUACUGGCAUCUGAUGUCAUCCAUGCUAAUAGAAAGGACAUUCCCUGCAUUUUCAGAGUCACGGCAUCUCGGAUGUCUACGUCUGGUGGUAAAAAGGGCUCUAUCCUGAUCCUUGCUGACAGUGAUCAGGAGAAAAAUAAGUGGGUGGGCUUGCUAAAUGAGCUGCACCGUCUCCUAAAAAAGAACAAGCUGAAGGAGCGUUUUGUCUACAUGCCUAAAGAAGCUUAUGACAGCACCCUGCCUCUCAUUAAAACCACCCAGUCUGCUGCUAUUAUAGACCAUGAGAGGAUAGCCCUGGGCACUGAGGAAGGCCUAUAUAUUGUUCAUGUCACCAAAGAUGAGAUUGUCAAGGUAGGCGAUAGUAAAAAGGUCCACCUGAUUGAUCCGAUUUCCUCUGAGCAGCUGCUGGCGGUCAUCUCUGGCCGUAAUCGCCAUGUGCGCCUCUUUCCAAUGGCAGCACUAGAAGACCGGGACACAGACUUCUUCAAGCUUCCAGAAACUAAGGGCUGUCAGGCUCUGGUCUCCGGCACAAUGAAUUAUGGUGCUCGCACAUGUCUUUGUGUGGCCAUGAAGAGACAGGUCAUUUGCUAUGAGCUGAACAAGGGUAAAACACGGCACAGGAAACUGUGGGAGCUGCAGGUCCCUGGUGUGGUUCAGUGGAUGGCAUUGCAGGGCGAUAAGCUAUGUGUCGGCCACCAAGCUGGAUUCUUACGCUACAGCUUGCAGGGUGACGGGCCUCCCAUCAGCCUCCUUCACCCAGAUGACCACACCCUGGCCUUCAUAGGGCAGCUGGGUUUGGAAGCGCUGUGUGCUGUGGAAAUAUCCAACAAAGAGCUGCUUCUGUGCUUUAGCAGCAUUGGCAUUUAUGUGGAUUGCCAAGGCAGACGUUCACGCCAGCAGGAGUUAAUGUGGCCAGCCGUGCCAACUGCCUGCUGUUAUAGUGCCCCCUACUUGUCUGUAUAUAGUGAGAAUGCAGUGGAUGUGUUCGAUGUGAACACCAUCGAGUGGAUCCAGACCAUUCCUAUGAAAAAGGUUCACCCGCUCAACACAGAUGGCUCUUUGAACUUGCUAGGUCUGGAGACAGUACGGCUUAUCUAUUUUAAAAAUAAGACUGCAGAAGGAGAUGAGCUGGUGGUUCCUGACACGUCCGAUAACAGCAGAAAGCAGAUGGUGCGCAGUAUGACCAGCAAACGUCGCUUUUCCUUUAGAGUGCCAGAAGAAGAGAGGCUGCAGCAACGAAGAGAGAUGCUCAGAGAUCCUGAGAUGAGGAGUAAGUUGAUCUCAAACCCAACCAACUUUAACCACGUUGUUCAUAUGGGCCCAGGAGAUGGAAUCCAGAUACUUAAAGAUCUGCCAAUGCCAGGUUCUCCUCUUCCCUCUCUCCGCCUGCGCCUCAUCUCCAUCCCCACCAGCUUUGAGCAUGUCUAUCACAUGACGGUUACCUCUGCCGACAACUUCCUGUCCCAGGAUUCCCCCCUCUCUUCCUACUCCCCAUUACUAAGAUCUGCUCCUGGGACCCCUGCCUCCAUCUGCUCUCUGAAUGUGCGUACCCAGGAGAGCCGUGGAGUGCUAGGUGGAUCUGUCAGCAUCCCCACCAUAAGCAAGGCUAGACCUGAAACUGGUCGCUCCAUGAGUGCCAGCAGCGGCUUCGGUAUACGAUCCGCUUCACAGAAUGGCAGUGCUUUGAGACGGGAGUUCUCUAGUGGAAGCUAUGGUUCCAAUAAAUGGCAGGCAAUAAACUCACCUUCUGAAGGCUCGCUGUCUUCAGGUGGAGGCAUGGACUGCGCAGGUGAUGCCCCCCUCUCCCAGUUUGACAGAGAGGACUCGGAUUCCCCACGGCACUCCACAGCAUCCAACAGUUCUAACCUGAGCAGCCCACCAAGUCCUUCAUCCCCUCAUAAGAGCAAGUGUCAGUCUCUGGAGCGCAGUACACAGCCAGGCUGGGAGACCUAAGACCAGCGUCAGCCAUUUAACUUCCUCAGCUUGUCAUCUGGACUAUUAUAUAGGCCUCUGGAUAGGCUCCUCAUUCUCACUGGUAAAAGCUACUAGUAAUAAUGGCUUCAUAGAUAAGCAAUAACGUAGAAGGCGUUUUACACACUGACUGCUGUAGAAGCAGUGUACACAUGUGCAUGUGUGUGAAUGCACACACAUCCAUAUCUAUUGCAAAAGUAGAGCUGGUUUCUAUAAUGCACACAGGUUACUCAGCCUUUUUAAGCCAUGCUUGGGUAUCACUUUUAUCAAGGCUCAUGUUGCUUUAUGAGAAUUUUUUUUCGGUAUUAUUUGGCAUUACUGUUUAAAAAUUUACAUAUUAGGAAUGAUGUGAUUUCUUAUACUUCCAUGACCCAGAAGAGGUAAAACACUAACUACGGUCAAAUGCACCACUGACCACUUUCCUUUUGCUUAUUAGGGGAAAAUUAUAAAUCAAAGACACUUACAACCACUUCUACCAAGCUGCUAAAACAGUCAAGUGAUCAUCCCUAGCCUUAGCACAACAGUUAAACCAAACUUUGCACUCUGGUGCCACGCUUGUCUUUCACAUGUAAAGCCUAAGUACACUAAAAGAUGAUUUAAUAAUGUACAUAGACGUAAAGUAUAAUAUAUUAUUAAAAAAAAAAACACUAUUGUACAAAGUGUGACUUGGCUUUGAGAGUGUGAGUUUGACUUUGCGUGUUUAAGUUUUAAUUACUGGUGCAGUCACUUCAUUUAGCAUGUUUAAUGUUGUUUUAUUAGCUAAGAAUUGAAUUAAAUUCCUUGUGUGUGCCCUAGUGAUCACAAAUAUCAGGUGGUGCAACGAUGUAAUGCACUAGCCAACUUUCACUGAAAUCCGAGUUUGAGUCUCAGCUGUGCUAUUACCAGCUGGCUCACACAUGGGCACUAUUGGUUGUGCCUGUAUGGGAGGAAAAAGGUCAAAAAUUGCUUGUCGCAAUACAGUUGCAGCAUCUGUGGUCUGGUUGCGCUAGCAAUUGAUGAUCUGGAAAAUGGAUGAUGUUGGGAAAAUGCAUGCAUGUCCAAAGGGGCGUGUGAUAUUCUCAGCCCUCCACAGCUAGCAGCAUAAUUCCAAUAAUGAGGAAUUGUAAAGGGCUGAAGAAAUGCUAGUCGUGUAUGCUUACAUGGAUGUGUAUGAUUACACAUGAGAACAUGUAAGAACAUAGAAACACUCCCUUAGUCACCUUGUGGUGAAUGUAUUAAACUGUGUGGUUUUGGUUCCUUUACUGGAGCGGCAAUGCCAUUUCCAAAGAUUUUUGUUGACUUAUGUUUUGUCUAUUUUUGUGUUAUGUUCUGUUCGGUUUUAUACUUGUUUUAUGACCCACACAACAGAAUACACACAAACCAAAGUUAGCCUGAAGUGUAUGUACAUGUAACAUACAGUCUGUAUGUUACCAUUGGUCUGAUGACACUAAAGUCACUGUUGUGUGACACUCAGAAAGCAUGAUAGAGUUAAACUUCUGCGUGUUUCUCCCUAUUAGGAGGCAAUUAAGGGCUUGAACUCACUCUCACUGGUGCAUAUAUCUGCUGCCUCGACUGUUUCCUAUUUCCUGUAGCUAGUUCUAACAGAAAGUAAAGGGUUGUACUUUAUUUACUAUGUCAAUGGCAGGUUGUGAAAUUAAUUAAUUAUGAAUAAAAAUAUUAAAGUGUUUAGGGAAUGUAUGGAGUGCAGAGUUAGGCUAUCAAAUACCUAUUAAGUUUUGCAUACCUCAAACUAGAGAGGCAAGCCAUUAAAUACAGUUUCAAACAUUCAUAAAUAUCUCUUUCAUUCCAUGCAAUUAUUAGAUGUAUCGUAUUUGCAAGAGUUACGACUGUAUUUUACAAAAUUAUUUGUAAAGCAAUCAAGAGCUGAUGAUUCCUUUUGAGAUAUUUAUAGGUUAUGUUUACAGAGCAAAUAAUGUAUGAGAGAAAUGCUUCCAAUCGCUAAAUGUGCACCUUUAAGUAUGAAUUUAACUAAAGGAUGUGUAUUUACAUAUCAAUAUAGACUGCUCAUGUUCUUAACAGCACAAUGUCACAUUUUAGACAAAACCUUUAACUGUACAAUUAAUAAUUUGUUUUCUGUUAAAGUUCAUUAAAAAAAAACUUUAGGAUGCCUUUUAAUCAAAUUAGUAUAACUCCAGAUCUUUAAAUAAACAAGGCCAUUAAAAAAAAGCUCUGUGUACACUGGAGGUGCAAGUUUUCAUGCAGUAGAAAGAGGAUUUUCUAUAACUGUUACACAAACAUUAUUGAAUCGAUUACUGUGGCACAUUGUACUCAAUGUUGAUCUGCAAUGUGACGUUUGGGGAUCUCAGCGCUUUGCCUUUUUGGUAUUACAUUACCAUAUUUAUUCCUACUGAUAUAAACUAAUGCUCUCUCUGUGAUGCAAGAUGAUGAGUGAUUUUACCUUAUGGAAUUCAGGCUCUGAUGGUAUAGUAUAACAGGACGCCUGUUAGAGAUGUUACUCAGGUAUGUUCAAACCAAUGAUUUCUUUUAUUAUGUUGAGGAAUAGAAGGGGAGACAGAAACACAAUCACAGACUUUCCCAUGUUCGUCAUUUUGUGUGUGUGUGUGUGUGUGUUUUUUUUUUUGUUUGUUGUUGUUUUUUAGGACUGUUAGCUACAUAUAGGCCAACAACAGCAGGAGGUGCCUUAAUCGAACUCAGCAAAAUGCUGGGUCAGUGUGGUAGGAAUAUGAAGUAGUCUCAAGGGAACCAAGGUCAUGAAAAAUUCACCUGCAUUUCAGUAUAUUAACCUCUGUUUAAUAUGGCAUAUUUUAAGGGAUUUUGUGUUAUAUUUUGUAAGAAUAUGUACAGUUUUGCAUGUCAGGUAUACUCACUUGUUUUAAAGUUUUCAAGGCUGGUUUGUUUUACAUUAUUGUAUUGGUCUGUGUAGUGUGAAAUCUUUGGAUGUAAACGAAACGAUGACCCCCACAGUGCGUUUGCUUUGUUUCUUUGAUUUGUUUUAUUUUUGGCCACACGCUUAUUUAAGGUGAACUAUUAUUGAGUUUAUAUUUAACUAGCCACCACUCUUUUCACAUUGAGAUUUCAUGCGCAUUGACUGAUGUAUUUCAAUAAAAUGAGGAGCUUUUACAAACUUGAAUUUA